AUGGCGCUUCCCUUGCCCAUGGUACCGCAACGUGAUACUUGCAUUUGGCCAUUGACACCAGAUGGUUUCUACUCCACCAAGUCUGGCUACCAGUUCUUGCAAAGAGAGGAGGAGUCUUCUGCUGGCAUGGCAUCCACGGUUCCAUCCUUGCCUUCCACGGCCUGGAAGCGUCUUUGGAAAGCCCCCGCCCUUCCUCGGUGUCGUGAAACGGGCUGGCGCGCUUGUUUGGGAGCUCUCCCGUUUUGUGAAGUGCUUCAUGCACGUGGAAUGGACUUGGACCCGAUCUGUCCUCGUUGCCAAGCAGCUUCUGAGACAGUGCAUCAUGCACUUCUUUUCUGCCCCAUGGUUAAAGCAACUUGGUUUGCAAGUAGUUUGGGAUUGCGCCUGCAGCAAGAACAAGUUUUUCGUGACUUUUUUCUCCAGUUUCUGCAGGUUGCAGAUGACGAAGCACUGGGAUCGUUCCUAGAAAUUCUGUAUGCGGUUUGGUGCUCGCGCAAUGACCUGGUCUUCAAUGAUACAGCUGCGACGGUGGACCAGGCGGGGCAUGGUGGCUUUGGUUUUAUUACCCGUAACAGCCGUGGCGAGGUUCUUGCAGCUGCUUGCUCGUAUUAUGGUCCGGUUUUGUCGCCCACGACGGCGGAGGCUCUCUCCAUGCGGUGGUCGAUGACAAUGGCUGCAGAUCUUGGGUUCAGGAAGGUUGUUUUGGAAACCGACUGCUCUCUCCUAGUUGAUGCUUGGAAACGUAACGGUGGUUGCUCUUAUUUAGACUCUAUUGUUAGGGAUUGUAAUGUUUUUCUUUCAAUCUUUGAUGUCUUUGCUUUGUUAUUUGUCCGCCGUACCGGCAACUGUGCGGCCGACUGUUUAGCUUCUUUAUCGCUUUCGCAGGGUGAUUGUGUGUGGAUUGAGGAAGUCCCUCCUCAACUUAUUGGCAUUGUCCAAACUGAUGUAUCGGCCUCUGCGACACAUAUUUCUUCUUAA